UCAUGUCAGAAGGCAACGCUGUUUUUAACAAGCGUGACAUGAAUUGUGAAACAAUACGCUGACAUGCAGCAUGCAGGCUGGAGUCUUGUUGAUAAACUGAACAAGGAGGAGCUAACAGAUCGUGUCCGAGCUGAUUUUGAAUUGAACUGGACAAAAAGCAACCAUCGAGAGACAGUGGUAAUGGCACUUGCUCAAAAGUACAAUGAUUUUCACUACAUAUUACACUGCAAGUACUUGGAGUAUGAAACACAUGAGGCUGCCAUUUCUGGAGGGACAAAAAUGGUUAACAAAGCUGUGUGGGAAUGUUUAUGUGAGAGAUGGGCAAGUGAGGACUUUAAGGUGCAUUGGUCUACAAAGAAGGGUAAAUUUAUUACUGAAGCUGCUGAGCACAACUACCUUUCAAAUGUUCAAACACAAGCUCCCAAGGGUGAAAAUACAGCUCCAUGCAUGCAUCUUUAAGAAUGCUCUAGCAAAGAGAUAGAAUGAACUGGGUUACCUUGUAUGCAUGUUUUGCACUAGUGUUAAAUGGAUAUAAUACAUGCAUAAUUUGGUUUGUGUAGUUUGCUUCCGGGUCGUGAUUAAGUUUGUAAAUAUAUGCAUGUUGGUGACAUGCAAUCACACAAUAGACUAUAUAUUCAAUAUAUACAUAAUAUGCAUGUUGA